AUGAGGCUCAGAGACUCCGUUCGACCACCUCAACGAUACGAUGCCGAGUUCGUCUACCAGACUGCAACGCGCAGGGCCCCGCGAUCUUCCUCAGCUCGGAACUAUGUUGAUUACAAUCCGAACCUGCCGCCUGCGGCAUUUCCCACCCUGGACAAGCCUCGUCCUGUGAACAACAGCCAGAGCCAGCAUGUUCAAGACAGGAAGACAGAUCAGGAUGGCGAUGUUGACAUGGAUGAUGAUGAUGAUGAUCGCCUUGACGAAUUACGGCACAUCUCAAAUCGUGACAUCGACAACUAUGUUGCCAGCAAUGGACCCCAAAAUCCAAUAUAUGCGAGAAACAUGGCUAGACUUGAGCAAGCCAAUCGAGAAUCGUCUCAUGACAGUGACAUGAGUGAUAGUCAAGGUGGCGGAGAUCCAAAUCAGGAUGAUGAUCAGAAUGUCAUAGAAGAACCGUUACCGCAGAACCCUGAGUGGAAAGACCUGUCCCCGAAUCUCCAGACCGAGAUUGUUGAAAAUCUUAUGUCCGUUCACAGCUGGUCAAAGACAUUGUCAUUGCUCGGUGUGACAUACGAAGAAGCGAAGGUCCUCCGGCAGCACUUCGAAGGGCGCAAUAGACAGAUUCAGCAGGAGAAUCUGUACCUACAGGAGAUGCAAGCCAAGCAGCUUAGGGCACUCAUGCGCAUUGACAAUAGCGACUUGAAAGCGCACAAAGUCCCGAGCCAGCUGGUGUUCAGGAAGACGUCGCGACAAUUCGCACGCAGAUUGAGAGACAGCAUUAGAACAGACUAUCUUUUGUGUCAAGCUAAAGAUCUGUUGCUUGCAAGAAAGUUCUUGUCCAAGCGUGGUUUAGAUCCACGGUAUGCUGGAGAAUGGAACAACGAUUUUGUGUAUUUGCCCAAGUCGCAAAAUGAAGAACAGGAAAUGUUUGAGUGGAAGGACAAUUAUCAUUUUGGCGAAAACCCGGGACCUGAGGAGGAACACGUAUCAGACAUAGCAUCGAGCCCUCCCAUUAUGGACGAACAAUCACUGCGUUCCCAGGCUGACUCCAUCAACGACCUUGGAGACUAUGAUGUUGCAAGUUUUCGGGGCUACCAAGGUCACCCGCCUUCAACCUAUAGGGUGCCGAUGUCCAACUCGUAUUCAAACGAAACGAGAAAUCAUAUGAACCAUCAGGCCUGUGGAAUAGUCCGUUUGAGAAUUGGCUCUGAACAAGCUGCCCGGGUUCGUGAUCUAGAGCAGCCGUCGGAAUGGACAGGCCUGUCAAAUCACUACAUCACAAGAACUGAGGUUCAGCCGUUGAGGCAGCGAAACUCACUCGAUUCCAAUGGCCAACAUGCAUUUGCAGAGACCUCGAGAAACCAUUCCAGGAAGCUACCUGUCGCUGGCGAUUUCGAGUUACCUGUUCGUAGGGUCAUGGGCGGCCAAUGGUCGUAUAGCUCUCUCGAACCAAAACUCUCAUCCAUGCCUACCUCAUCUCUGAGGUAUAGGGGGAAACCCGAGAAGGUUAGAAGAGAAACCCAGAUGCAACAAGCUGAAGAAAACGCAGGUUCUGUUGCCUCGACCGCAGAAAACAUUGAGAAUGCUGUCACGUCCCAGUCGGAAGAUCGUCAUGGCAACAAUUCUUCAACAGGAAUCCAGUCUUCUUCGCAACAGAAUAAUGAAGGAACAUCCUCUGUAACAGAGAUGCCUCCAAGUUCUGAUACGUGUAUUCCAGAAAUGAGCUUUGCUAACCCAGUGAUAUCCCUCGAUUCGAAAGUGCAAACUAAAUCGGCUUUCCCAAGUACAGACACUAACUUUGAGCGUCAUUCAACACCCAUACGAAAUAUCUCGGUCCAGGACUCAGAGUAUAGGCCGCAGCCCGCGCGGAUUGCAGCGUCAUCCGACGAUCUCUGCUAUUCUGCAGAAGGGAAACAGAAGCUAGAAGACUCGCUUCUGUCUGUUGUCAAACCAUCUGCAAGCGGACCAACAAUCGAGAAUUCACUUGUUGAUGAAAAACAAGAUGAGGGACUGAAAUUUCAGGCUCCGGCCGUCGACAGCCGCUCAACAAAUGAGAAAACGAACGGCGAGGACGCAGAACCUAAAAUCAAGGAACAUACUAAUGUCGACGUGCUCAUGCACAGUGAGGAAGCCCCUUCUAAGAAAGUGGAAGCUCAGCCAAGUUCUCUUGUCCUAGACCAUGCGCAUGAAGAAGAGAAGAAGAGUAUCAUGCAUGAAUACUCACCUUCUUUAACCGCUCCAGAACUCUCUGGUGGAGGUAAUUCUAUUCAUAUGGAAAGCACUCAGUCGCAGGAUUCUAAAACCAGUGAUGAACGUGUUGCAUCCCACUCAUCCAGCGGCAACAAAACCGUGCAGGAAGGAUCUCCAACACCGAAGUUCGACUCUACAGAGCAAAACGGAAACGAGGAAGACUCUGAAAUCUCGAAGACCACGAAUACCAAGAGUAGCACAUCUUUAACAAAACCUAAGGCGCCUUCAAAGAAGACCACGGCUAUUGGUGAACAAAGACGAAGUGUGAGAUUAAAUGGACCGCCAAAGAAACAAACGCUAAGGAAACGGAAAUGA